CAGCGCCGGCCGGGGAAGGCCGGGCCUCCGGAAGGGCGCCGGGAGCGCUGCCGCGGUCCCUGCAGGCAGGGAAUGCCUUGUCCCUCCUCACCGCACCCCGGUGGCUUGUGCUCCUGUUUGUCUUUCUCCCCUAGGGAUGUCUCCGCCGUGAUUGCUGCUUGUACUUUACAAAGGGAUUUUGGUGUUGGAGGCGUCGCUUCUUGUUUUAAGAUACGGAAAGGGACUCUUAACUGAAUUCUGCCUUUUUUUUUUUUUUGAGCUAUUUUUGUUUUGAAGUAGAGCCACUGUUGUUAAUUUUCAGUAUUGAGGAGUAUUACUGCGACUUUGAACUGUUUACUAUGUGUUUUUAACAAAGAAGAUUUCUUUCACCUCAGCUUCAAUGUAACUUUUAAAGAUUUCUUCUUUUUCUUGAUUUGGAGACAUAAUAUUUUUAGUUUUGUUUUUUUUAUAGUUCCAUGCUUUGCCUUCCUGCAGGCUGUGGCCUGAGACAGAGAGAACCUGGAUGUUUGGCAUAUUUUCACUUAAAACCAAAAGGAAAGCAUCGCGUACAUCCAGCGUACUGAGCUGGGAAGGAGGAUCCGCAGCCGCAUUCCUGGGUCUUUCGGUCUCCUCUUGUAUUCCAUCCAACUUGAAAGAGCGGGGUCAGAGCUAAAGGAGAAGCUGACAGCAAGGAGUUCACAAGCAUUUUGUGUGUGGACGAGUAUUACCAGGCAGAAAAAGAGAAGCUGGCACUGUUAGCCAGUGAGCGCUGAAGUUGCUGAGGACUCUUCCGAUAAAACCGAGCGCACUUCAGCUGUCAGCAGGAACUGCAAUGGCUUGCGUUGUGAAGAAGUGUGGCAUUCGCUUUAAGCCUCCGUCCAUUGUCCUGAUCUAUGAAGAAAAGGACAAGGAAAAGACUCGCCAGCGCAUCAUGCCUGUCAGGAAUUUCUCCAAGUUCUCAGACUGCAGCAUAGCUGCAGAGCAGCUGAAGAAUAACCCUCGGCACAAGGCUUACGUAGAAGGAGUCUCGCUACGUCAGCUAGAGAAGCUACACAGCUUGCUGAAAGGUCAUCUGAGCGGAGAGAGUCUGGCUGAGAGCCUGGAAAAGGUUCAGCGGGAAGAGACCAUCGACCCGGAAGAGGAUAUGAACAAACUGGAUGACAAGGAGCUAGCCAAAAGGAAGAGCAUCAUGGAUGAGCUCUUUGAGAAGAAUAGGAAGAAGAAGGAUGACCCAGAUUUUAUCUACGAUGUGGAGGUUGAGUUUCCACAGGAUGAGCAGCUGGAGUCCUGUGGCUGGGAUGUGGAGUCAGGGGAAGAAGUCUGAUUCCAGACAAAGGCAACCCGGGUGGGCAGAGACAAAUCCCAUACACCUAGCAGAGAGAACGGUGUCAUCCUACUUUGCUGCAUCCCCUUCAGUUCAUCUACUUGAUGAACUGAAUUACACUGGCCAUGGAGGACCGGAGGCCUAAGGUAUUGCAGUGGUUUCAGGUUUCAAUAAACUUUAAGAAAUGGAAGUGGGACAGCUAAACUUGUUGGGUGUUUUUAAUCUUUUCCUAUGUAUGAGUGCCUACAAUAAUCUAAAAUUACUUCUCUCUCAUGCGUUUACAUUUCAGUCAGCUUUGGCUGAGAACCUCACCAGCUUGCCCUGCUGUGAUUUCUGUUCAGCUUCAUUUGAAAAUGAAGUCUUAAAUAUUUAUAUCUUGGAAGCAACGUUAAAGCUUUAUUGUAUGCAUAUGGUAUUUAUUGCUACUUGUUGUCAUGUUAAAUGUGUACUGGGCUAUUUGCUGGAUAAAUCACUGCUGCAAUGAGCAUAUUCCUCUCAUGUUCCCUAAGCAGUGCUUAAAUUUGCAGCUUCGGGUUACACAAAUAUAAAUCCUUAUUUUUAAGAAAUGGUAUAUUUAGAAGGUAAGUUGUUCUUGAAAUUACUCUGGAAAGGAGGUGAUUUCAAAGUGAUGAAGUGGGGCCUCUUCCUUCCUUACGCUGCCAGAGACGACGCUCUUUCAGUAAAUGCUCAAUUCUAGGAGCAUUUUUGAAAAAAGUACUAUGGUAGAAAGUCAUAGAGUCUAGGGGUGGUGUUAGAGUAAAACAACUUUUAGCACUGCUGCCUCAUCACACUACAGUUCCCAGCAUGCUCUAAAUAGUACCAGGGAAGAAACUGACAUGGCAAGUAAACAAAACUACAGCAAAAACUCCUCCAAGUAGCAUUUCAGUGAUCACCGAAAAGUUUCUGCAAAUAAAUAAAUAUUUUGACU